UGUUGCUGCAUUGCGGUGUUGCAUAAACGGCUCUGCGGUUUGCAUGCAUGCCAUGGAAUAAAUACGCAUCCAUCCACAUCCAUCUACGAAUGGAAUUGCGAUUCAGUUUGUAGCUCUUCCUGUGGACUACUGCUGAAGCGACACAGCGAUAAUGUUGAGCAGCAAAGUAGCUUCAUUUUUGUAUUCAAAGUAUGUAGCACUGCCAUGGCCUGCAGUGAUGCACACUCCCCUGUUGCAGUCCAGAUGCUACCACAAACAGCGGGAAGAAGAAAAACCAGACAUACUUCUUGGAUUGGCGGAGCUGUUCUCGAAGCGUAGCAUCAAUGUUGAUUUCCUGUCACGUUUACAUCAGAUACCACACAUGACACUGGACAUGCUUCGAGAGAAAAGGAAGCUUCGCACGUUUGAAAAGCGUGUUUAUGAUCAAAGGUAUAUCCCGGAAAGACACGGUAUCUUGGGUCCCGAUUUGGCUGCGGCAGCAUUCUUACUGCACCGUGGCGCAUCUGUGAAAUUUGUUGGCAAGGAGGAAUGGUACAAGAAAAAGGAGGAUGAGGAAACGGGGCUACCCAUACGACAUGAGGAGGGCUGGAAUCUGGAGGCUAUUGAUGCUUCAGAAACUGAGCUGAUUUACGAAGGCUUUGAAAAUCUUGUGCACCUGGGCAGCUUAAAAGCUCUGCGCUUGUGCGGUUGCCCUUUCAUUGAUGACUGGUGCGUCGAUCGUCUGAGCCAGUUCCAAGAUACGCUCGAGCAUCUUGACUUGUCGGGUUGCACCCAGAUCACAGAACGUGGCUUGUCUUCACUCUACAGACUCACGAAUCUGAAGAGUGUUACACUGGGAUACCUGCCCCAGAUCAAGAACCUAAACUUAGUCGCAGUUUUGCUAGAAGAUUGCCUACCACAGUGCGAAAUCCGUGGCGUCGACUACUGGCAGCCCAGGCUUGUAUCUGAAAAUAUCGACGAACACGGGCCCAAACCACCAGACCCAAGCUGACAGACUCUGGGAAGAGAUGUAGUUAGCAUUAAAAUAACCAUAGGCGUGUAAAUAAAAGAGCUUCCACAAAUGA